AUGUUUUCCCGUUUAUUAGCACGCUCCACUAUUGCUUCUGCCAGAGUUUCCGGUGUCAGAUCGCUUUCAUCUUUCACUUCGUCGGCCUCUCCCAUCAUCUGCAGACCAGUAUGCCGUACACCUAUCCUUUCCUCCUCAUCAUCUCUCCCCAGACUCCAGUCUUCGGUCCAGCAAUUAACUCAAAGCAGCACAUCCAUAAUAUACCGUGCUCAACAGGUUAGACAUGCUACCCUUAACCAGAUUUCUCGUCGUGGCCGUUUUAAUACCCUCCUUAAACGCCACAAAGCCAAGCGUUCUAUGACCCCUGAUCUUAAUCGCAGUCCAUUUAAGAAGGGUGUUGUUCUUCGUGUUAUGAUUCUCAAGCCUAAGAAGCCCAAUUCGGCUAACCGUAAGGCUGCCAGAGUUCGUCUUUCCAAUGGUAAGGUGGUCACUGCUUACAUUCCUGGUGAAGGCCACAAUGCUCAGGAGCAUAGUGUUGUCACCAUCAGAGGUGGUCGUACCCAAGAUUUGCCCGGUGUCAAGUACAAAUGUGUUAGAGGUUUGGGUGAUUUGGCUGCGGUCUCCAAUAGAAGAACCUCGCGAUCUAAGUACGGUGCCAAGAAGCCUGCUGCUUCUAACUAG